AUUAAAUAUUUGAUUCUAAAAUAAUAUAAUAAAAUUAUAAAAAAAUUUAAAAAUAAGAUAAUUCUUAUAUAUAUUUUGUUGCUAUCUGAAAACAAUAUUUUUAUUAUACUCCCUCUGUUCCUAAAUAAUAUAUGUUUUAGAAUUUUCACACUUAUUAAGAAAAUACUUAAAAUUUUGAUAAUAAAUGUAUGAUUUUCUGUGUUUAGAUAUUUCCUAUGAUUUUUAACCAAUUAAAAUUCAGUUAACACAAUUAAUGUUUUUGAAAUUUACAAUUUUCCAUUAUUACAUACAUUGAAAAUGUAAAAUAUAGAUCUUUUAGAAACAAAAUAUUUUUCUAAAACAUAGAUCAUUUAGGAACGGAGGGAGUAAAAGUUAAAAAGAUACAAAAAAUUAUAAUUAAAUAUUAUUCAAGAAAAAAAUAUUUUUAUAAAUAUAUUUUCUAAACUUUUGUAAGAUAUGAGUGUUUAAAAAAAAUUAACACGGGAUGUUUAGAAUACGGGAUUAUGCUUAUGAGAUAGUGGCUCGGGAGUGGGCUAGGAGAUGGGUCUAAUGGGCUGUGAAUUGUUGAAUUUUUUUUUAAUUGCAAGCCCACUUCGUGAUGACCUGGCAUAUUGAUUGAUCCUGAAUAUUUGUACACAUGUGGAUAGACUUAGGAAGCAAUGACUUAGCUCCUUUUAUAUAGUAGGAUAUAUUUUCUAAACUAUUUCUAAAAUAUGAGUGUUUUAAAAAAAUUAACACGGGAUGUUUAUAAUACGGGAUUAUGCUUAUGAGAGAGUGGCUCGGGAGUGGGCUAGGAGAUGGAUCUAAUGGGCUGCGAAUUGUUGAAUUUUUUUUUUAAUUGCAAGCCCACUUCGUGAUGACCUGGCAUAUUGAUUGGUCUUGAAUAUUUAUACACAUGUGGAUAGGCUUACGAAACAAUGAUUUAGCUUCUUUUAUACAGUAGGAUUGCAUCCAAUAGCCCAAAAAAAUCAAAAUUAACUAACUAGACCAAAAUCGUAUUCUCUCUAUUCUUUUCUCUUCUUAUGGCUUUCUAGUUUCUACUAGCUCUUUUUUUUUAACUUUUUUCUACUAUCUCUCUAAAAAACUAUUUUUGGUUUUUUUUUUCUUGGUUAUUUGAUAAAUAACCCCGACAUUUAUUGUAGGGUGUAAUUUAGCUAACGGUUAACUAAAGUUUGAAAAGGUUAUUGGAUAAGCGGCCAAGCCUGAAUCAAAAUCACGGAUUAUGGGCUUCAAGGGAGAUCUGGAUCAAAGUUUAGGCCUAAUUAGGCUGUAAACAUUGGUUAACUAUUUAUAUCGAGUCGGCCUAAAUCACUUUUUGUGUUUGUUUCUUCACGUACGUGUAUAAAAUGAGUGUGCGGUUCUCCGAUUUUAUAUUUAAUUAAAAAAAAUUGUGUGUUUCUCAAGUUUAUGGGUGCAAAAUGGGUCGGCUCAUAGAGGAUUUAAUUAUUUAAAUGAUUUUAGUGGAAGGUUAUCAACAUGGAAUAAUCAAGUAUAAAAAAUUGGCCAACUAUACAUGUUGCAAAAGCAAGUGUAUGAAGAACAAUAUUAUAAGGGAAAAACUGAAACUUUAGGAAAAAAAGUUAGAACCAUAAAGAAAAACGAGUUGGAAGUUUAAGCUAAAUUGUCAUAUAGCGAUGAACCGUUCCUUUAUGGCCGGUCUCUUCCGACCAAUCCGACGUGAAUAUUGACGCCCUUUUUCUGACCAGCCUUACGUUUCAUGAGAAGACCCACGUUCUGGUCACAUUGAGCUCCUUCGUUUAGGAAUUAGCCACGCACUACGUUUUAUUUUUUUUGCUUGGUCGCAGACACGCACUACGUUUUGUUUGAAUUUGUUAACAAAAGUUUGUUUUAUGAAUGAAUGGUCAAGACUCAAGUAUUUCUAAGCAAAUCCUAUAAAUAAGCGAAAAAGUUUAAAUGAUCAAUCGGAAUACAACUUGUACAAGAAAUUUCCGAUUUCUAAGAUGGAACUGAAUUAGUUGCUCUUACUCAGUUAUUCCACAACUGCUUUAACAUUUGACAAUCCACUCAUACUGUAUGUACAUUCACUAAGACGCAUUGAAAUCUUUUAUUCAUUGCGGUUAUAGAUAUUUCUACUAUGUUUCCAUUACAUAUAGUUCAUGUUGAACUACAAUUUCACACAUGAUAAUUAUGGAAGCCAAAAUAAUUAUGAAAACUGAAGUUACUUGGGCUGUUUUGUUACGGAUAGCCUAUAAUCUACAUAUGCUGGACUGCUAGUAGGAAAGCUUGAAAUUCCACUUCCAAACAUUAGUACAAGCUCAUCCAAUACUCUUCCGGCUUCUAGAUAGAAAACUAUAGUGGUCUCGAAUUGUGUUUCAUGAUCAGAGAAAACUUCAGUAUUUUACUUAUAUAUUUUUUGUUUGUUUUAACUAUGAAAAUACCAAAAUUCAAUGCUAUCAGAGUUGGUACAUGACCGGAUAUGAUAAAGGGUGGUUGAGAGGUUGCAGCAGAUGUUCAGACAUGCAAACACAUCAAAGGGAAUAUUUUGUACAUCACUAGUCACUACUGUUUUAGCCAACCACUAGUUACUCUUAUACAUAUUUCUUUUGCGCUUUGAUAUCGAAUUUCAUAAAUUGUGUUUUACUAUUGCUUCAGCUAUGAAAAUAUUAGAUCCACUAAUUUCGUCUUCUAUCAUUAAUGUAUUUGCAACAAUGCACAUAUAUAUAUAUAACGAAAUAAUGGUUUAACUAAUUAUUUGCUAUGGAUCAUUGAGUAAUCUAUAUAUCCAAACAAAGAAUCGCAAACUUAAAGUCAUACCCUUAAAUCUAGUGCGGGAGAAAAUUGUUACGUUAUAGUGAUAAGUUAUCUUGUCACGUUUAAAGAUACGAAAAUGAAAACAAAAUAUGCUAUAUGUUCGUAAAAAGGAGAAAAGAAUAUGCUAUUUAUGAAGUACAAAUUGGUGCAGAACUCAGAAUGAAAUCUCGAUCAUACAUUCAUGUAGUAUUCUUGGAAUAGUGUUUAGAUAUAGUGCAAGCAAAAUGAAAAAAAAAAAGAAUGUGUUUUGCAAAUUGUAAAGUUAGAACAAAUUAAAAAGAAUGGACGAGACGACCGUUGUUAAAAAAUAGAUUUUGCACCUAAACUCGUCUAACACCUUUUUUAACUUAUAAAUUAAUGGUUUUAUAGAGAUUGACUCGUCAAUUUAAUAAACCUCCAAAUCCUCACGCUUCUUCGUCAUGCCUACCAUUUCUCAAAUUUUCAAAUAUCAUAUCAUCAAUUCAUUGUGGUCAUAGUCUGAUAGUCACAUUACUGCCAUUGUUAUGAUCAUCUUGCUUUAGUCUAAAUUUUGUUUAAAAAUUUAGAUACAGAAUAAUAUGAAUCACUUUCCAUACAAAAAUAUAUGUGAAGAGUAGAGCCCAUUUGAUCCUAGGCAUAUGAAUACUCUGUUAAGAAAAUAUUUUAGUGUUAUCUAUAAUUAAGAAUAAGAUUACAAGUUCUUUUCUAUAGCGUUUAUCACUUAUCAGCCAUAUAAUGAUCAGUGUCAUUAUCUUAUAUGUUUAACUUAUCAAUUAUUAUUGUCUCAUCAUCAUAAUGCACACUGGGAGCACCUUAGUUUGACUAAUACUGAGAUAAUUCACAAGAAAGCAACUUGGGAUGAUAAUUUCUCAUUAAUAUUUAAUUACUUACAUAAAGUUAUCUAAAUGUUUUCUUUCCAUCGAAUGUUCACAUAACUGCUGUAAAGUUAGAAGCAAAACAUUCCCAACCUUUGUUUUAGAGAGCUCCUCUGCUGAGCUCUAGUGGGUUCGAUCAACUUGGUCCUUUUCUUCUUCUUGUUUUCUCUUUUUUUUUCCUUUUUAUGUAAUUCUUCUCUUUUUUUGGCUUGUGGAAGUGGAGCUCGUAAAUAAAUAAACUAAAACAUUUUAGUAUAAUAUUUGGUCUUUUAUUCGACCUACGUAAGAAAAACAUUUUGUACAUUUAUAUUCUACCUAUCUAUAGAUGAAUUGCCUGCCAUCCAUCAAUUAAUUAGAUCUAAGUAAGAAAAGUACUGCGCAUCACUUUUUAUGUCUUCAAUAUUUAUAUCAAUAAAAAUCAAGACAUCCAGAUAAAAAAAUAGUUUAGAUGCAAGCUUAGUCAGCAAUGAAAAACCUGUCGUUUCACAGAUUAAGCUUUCUUCUACCUAUAAAUAUAGCCAAAAACUAUCCCACAUAAGCAUCACACAAAAGUUCUACAAAUAUUAGCCAAUUCACAAGCUUUAAGUUACAUUGAAAGUUUCAAUGGAGAUGGACUUGAAUGCUCAAGUGAAGAAAGCAGGAUUCUUCCAAAGGCUUAAGGAGUUCCCUUGCAAGCUUAAAGACGGCGUCACCAAGCGCAUAAAGAAUGUGCAAAAGUUUGGUAAAGAUGAUCCAAGACGGAUCAUCCAUUCCUUAAAAGUGGGACUUUCUCUCACAUUAGUAUCAAUGCUGUACUAUGUACGGCCUCUUUAUAAUAGCUUCGGGGUUUCGGGUAUGUGGGCGAUACUAACCGUAGUCGUAGUCUCCGAGUUCACUGUCGGUGGGACACUUUCAAAAGGUUUAAACAGAGGUUUUGCAACAUUAAUAGCCGGUGCCUUAGGGGUUGGUGCAGUACACCUUGCUAGAUUCUGUGGAGACAAAGGAGAGCCGAUUGUUCUUGGGAUAUUCGUGUUCUCACUAGGCGCAGCUGCAACAUUUUCGCGGUUUUUUCCAAGGAUUAAACAGAGAUAUGACUAUGGUGCCUUGAUUUUCAUACUCACAUUCAGCAUGGUUGCCGUUUCGGGUUACCGUACAGAUGAAAUAUUGGUUAUGGCAUAUCAAAGACUAUCCACCAUUCUUAUUGGUGGAACGAUAUGCAUCCUUGUAUCGAUCUUCGUUUUUCCUGUAUGGGCAGGCGAAGAUCUUCACAAGAUGGUUGCUAAUAACAUUAUCAAACUCGCUAACUCUUUAGAAGGUUUCGAGGGUGAAUAUUUUCCAUCAUCGGAGAAGACUUCAAAGGAGACAAAUUCGUGUGUUCAACAAUACAAAAGCAUUCUAACAUCAAAAAGCACGGAAGAUACUUUGGCGAAUCUUGCGAGAUGGGAACCGGGACAUGGCCGAUUCAGGCUACGCCAUCCAUGGACAAAGUACUUAAAGAUCGCAGGACUCGUACGUCAAUGCGCCUUUCAUUUUGAAAUCCUCAAUGGCUAUGUUCUCUCUGACGUUAAGAUACCGCAAGAUUUCAUAAGCAAGAUUCAAGAGCCAUGCUCGAUCAUGAGCAGAGAAGCUUGUGAAGCCCUAAAAGCCAUAGCCAAAUCUAUCAAAACAAUGAAGAGAGACAGUGUUUGUGUUAAUGCACAUAUUGAAAACUCCAAAAAUGCCAUACAAAACCUAAGGAUUGCACUCAAAACGUCUUCUCCAGAGACAGAGAAAGAUCUCUUGGAGAUCAUUCCCGGAGUCACAAUGGCGUCAAUAUUGAUCGAGAUCGUUAAUUACGUCGAGAAGAUCUCCGAGGCUGUGGAAGAAUUCUCCGGUCUGGCACACUUUAAAGAGACUCUGGAUCCAAAAGUGUCACCGGAAUUAGGACAACAUCAACUACUUCACAGGGGAAGUGUAAAGCCUGUUCUAGAGGGUGACAGCGAGGAAGAAAACAAUAGCUCUCCUCAUGUUGUUAUCAAUGUCCAUGAUGAACAGCCACCAACAACCAGCGAAAAAAUAGUUUCGGGCGUACAGAAGACGAGAGUAGGUGUCGUGUAGAUAUGUUAUCAUUGUCCAAACUUUAAAAACUCUUUGAAGGGAGCUUGUUUAACAUUAUCUAGUGAAUAAUAUUAAUCAUUUCACUUAUGAUCAAUUGCCUUUUAGAAAUAGUUUUUUUUGGCUUUUAAGAAUAGGUGUGAACUAGAUAACUAUCGGCAUGAAACGAAAGAUUAGACUCAAUUUUAGGAUUAUUGAUUCUGAUUAAAUUAUUACACCAAUAAAAUGACACAUUCUUUGGUAGAAAAAGCUUUAAGUACAUAAAUAGCAUACAGAGUUUUGAGGUUAUAUAAAUGUGAUAUAACAUAUUGAAAAAUUAUCUUCAUUUGUAUAUCAAUACACAAAUCCUAAAAUAUGUAUUUGCCUCAAUCGUUGUUUCUCUCUAAAUAUUCUUAUUUUCGUGCUUACUUCGCGUUUGUUUACAAAAUGGAUCCAAUUUUUCAAUCCAAGAAAGCCUUUGCUCUGUUUGCAAUGAUAUCUACAAAAUGAUAAGGAAUUAAAAAAUAGUACCUAUAGUUAAUUUAUGCCCUGAAGAAUAAGAAUGUGCCACUGGAAGAUCUGGAAUAUUCGUUCCACUUAAAAAGAGAAAUAGGUAGGUCAACAUGUGACUAGGCAGCUGUGUGAGAUUGCUUAAUUUGAGUUACUAAUUAUGAAGUCAAACUAACUUGAAAAUAGUAAAACCACAAAAUUAAAGUAAUGAUCUUUACGCAGACAAUAACUAAUGGUAACUGAAAAGGAGUUUGGAUCCCCAAAUCUGAUUACGUAGUGCAUUGUAAGGCUGACCAUCCUUAAGCAUGAAGUUUAUUAUUUAUAUCGAUUCGUUGUACAGUAGUACUAUGGAUUCAAAACAAUUCAGUUAGAGAAGAAUCUAAUUAUUUAAAAUGUGAACAAAAUGAAAUGAAUUGAGUAUUGAUGUCUGAGUCUCUGAGAUAAAUAUUGUCUAAUAUUAUACAGAAAUCAGGAAGAUUCUACUUUUAGUUUUAAAAACUGAGGAGUCCAAAGGUCAAAAAUAUAUAUGCAUGUAGAUGUAGUCAACUAAGUAAUCGGCUUAGUACAGAAAUUUCCAGUCGAUAAGUUAAUAAAUCUCAUCUUUUGAAAAUUUAUAUAUUUCGGGAUCAACAGUUAUGCAUCAAAACGUAAUCUUAUAGAACAGGAAAUAUAUUUUUUCAGUGUGCAUUCAGGCUAUGUAGUCGGAACACUUGAACUUGAAUUUUGAUAUACUUAGAUAGCCAAAAGUGAAUUCUGACACUCUUUUGGCUGAUGAAACUGCACGUUCUUAGAAUUUAUUGGAUGCCGAAUCGGUUCAAAUUGCAGUGUUUUUGUUUUAUGUUUUUUUCUGACUCGAUAUGAUCUCAAAUCCUAAAAAAUAGUUUUUUUUUUUAAUUUGGAAGAAAGGUCACGAGUUGAAGAAAGAUGAGUGUCACGUGCGGUGCAUGGUUGUCUUGCAUGUACUUUGAACUUAGCCCCUUGCGAGUAAACAUAUAUUGUAGUGGAACGAGCCCAUCACGUGUAAAUAGAACGAAUAUCUUUACUACUUUUGAUUUGUGACAACCAAUUUACUUCCUUUGGUAUAGAAAAGAUUGGGAAUUCUUGGGAUGGGUGGGACUUACGGUCCGGACGAUUGGCGUAAACCUAAAUAAAAAGGAGUCUUUGGCCCAUCGAAAGACAGUGUCCAUUAAUCAAAUGAAGUCGGUGAGUCUAACAACACAUAUGAAGAACUGUAAUGGAUUAGGGAACGGCGCCAAUAUUCAUAUAUAUCCUCCAACAACCCUUAUGCACAGGAGAGUAGAACAAUGAUGACCUACGGUGAAUUAUUCUUUAAACCGAACAUGAACCUACGGUAAGAAUAACUUACCUCAACGAUCCUACUCUUCGAAAAGAGAGGAACCCGACUCAAUAACUAUGUAUUCAAUGGCUGGAGAAAGAGGAGGUGAGCAAUAACUACAAAAAACACACCGUCAAUCUAUUCAUAAUUAGUUGACGACCCGUUCAUCUUUACAUUUACUUUCUUCUGUUCAGUCCAUGCGCUCUCUUAUUGCUUCAUGCCUUCAUCUUUGACUGAUUGUAACAAUAAGCCCAUUUACGGCUCAAAAUGUUCGCCCAUUUAACCAAAAUACCAACGGAUAGUCUUUGACUGACUGUCAGAGGCUUGGAAUCCAGUGAAGUGGAGGCUUGAACUUGUUACCUUUGAGAGGAAAAACAAUACUUAACCAUCUGACCUACGGAUAGCAUUUGGAAAAUUGGCCGAAAUUGUAGUCUUCAUAUUAAUGGCCAGAAGCAGAUGCUUGUGCUGCUUCUACCCAUGGCCGCUACUGGUUAGACCCAUUGAAACAUCUUUGAUUAGGGGCUUGGCCAUUAUUACAAUCUGCAAACUUGUGAUAUAUAAAACUUUCAUAGAAAAGAAGAGUAAAUAACACUGGCUAGACUAAACAGAAAAAGAUUAGAAGCUAAGUUGCAAUAAUACGUAUCCUUAGUUAAAUACUGAAGUUGUUAUCACUAAAACUACUGUGACUUGCCAUAAAAGAAAGCUGCAAAAACCUGAAUAAUUGUUCCUGUGUUGAAUACAACCUGAUAUUUAGAUUUAUCUUUUUUUUUGGUAAAAUAUUUAGAUUUAGAUUUAUCUUCACAAGCUAAACUGCGUUAUUUGUCACCUGAGCAUAUUUCCCUGAGAGAUAUGCAUUAGCAAUAAUCUGGUUGAAUGCACUCUCUAGAUUAUAUAAUGGACAAAGCCGUUAGGUUUUGGGAGAUACAUUCUUACCGAUACAUUCGAAUCAUUCGAUUUCCGUAGGAGAAAGUACUGUUCAAUAUGACAAUAUCUCGGUGUGUUUAUGCAUCUUAAUUAGAAACUUAGACCCAAAAAAUCUUAUUUGUAAACAACCCACAGUUUCUUCUCUCUUUUUUUUUAACACAUCCACCCACAAUUUCGAUUAAGUUGAAUUUUGUCAAAAGCAUGAUCUAAUACAUACAACAAUUGGAUAAUGAAUUUUGUAAUAUCAAAUUUGAAUAUUAUAUGGACCGAAUAGUAAUUACAAUUAGUGCCCUCUUAAAGUUAUCUCCCCUCCCGCAAUGUUACAACACAAUGCUUAGACUUUAGAGCAACCGUUGUAAUUAAAAAUCAACGUAACAGGACAAAGAAAAUGAUGGACAAGUGGUGGUUUCUCUUUUGGCAGCUAGUGUUAGGUCACUUACGUCCCCUUUUCCAUUAUGGAGAGAGUACGUGGUAAAUGAAACUUUGUUUCCUAGCUCCUCUAUCACAUGUAUUAAAAAUAUAUUGUCCAUUUGUAUACAAAAUACUUGAUCAUUUAAUACUUAAAGGUUAUAUUGGACUAAAUUAUUAUCACUAAAUGGACUUAUAGUCGGUCGCGAAAAGUCUCAUACCCGUGUGAUAGCUCCAAAAAUUUAUUCAUCAAAUUUUGAUUAGAACAAUAAUCUCUAUGUUCCACAAAAAAAUGCCACUUUGACACCUUUCUAAUGUUUGUCAACAUCUUUUGAACAUUUUUUUUGCUAAAAUAUAGAAGUCAAAAGCAUAGAUGGCGGACAAAUAGUAUUUCAAGUACUUACCAACCACAUAAUUAUGUUUAGUUACGAUUUACAUUUAUCAUUUUACGAUUUUGUGUCAAUUAUCCUGUACAUUUAUAUUCAUUUAACUGGUCACGUAUUCAGAUAUAACUUUGGGUGGGUUUUAUAUUUAUUUGUGUUCACAUUUUUAUAAAUAGUAUGGAAAGCGGAAAUGUUUUUCUCUCUCUUAACCUAGAGAAUUUUAAACCGAAAUCAACUAAUAUGCCAAUUUUUUUUAGAAAUCUGAUUCUUUUGUUGUUGGAAACGUCUACAAUUGGCCUAAAAUGAUUAAAAAAUUGCAGUAAAAGAGUUCAAAUUUGUAAAGAAGAGCAUUUAUAGCAAAUCGUUCAAUCUAGCGUUUAAAACGAUGACUCCGUAUGUAUUUUUAAAAAUACGAAUCAAAGUAUAUAUCUACAAAUAAAUAAUUUUUCUCUUUUUAUUUGUAAGUGAGUUUCAUUCUUCAAAUGAGGAAGCUGGGAAUGAAGUUUACUAGCUGGGUUUGUUAUUAUUGUUGAAGAAAUCUUCGACCACACAUAAAGUCACCUUUCUAUAGAAACCGUCCACCGACCAUAUCAAUCAUCUUCCCAUUCAUAGUUUCAACAUUCUAGAAAUAUAUGAUAUAUAUGUGAUUUAAAAUGAUAUUCAGCAAUUAAUAUAUUACUGUAUAAAUUCAAUACUGUACUGUAAUAUUUGACUAAAUAUGUAGAUGAUAAACGAUAAAUCUCUGUUUUUCCACGAAAAUAAGGAAGAGAAAUUUAUAUACCAAUAAAACUUUACAUCAGCCAAAAAAUAAGAUAACCCUUUAGAUAAUGAAAGAACACAUUGUUUUUUGUUUUUAAUAAAGACACUUAAUUUUGGUUGUUUCAUACAAAUCUAUCUUGAUUACUACUAUAAUGAUUUUGGUGUUAAU